AAGCGUCAUUCUCAUUUAGAAUCAGGAUCGAGAUCAAGAUGUAGUUUUGUAUUCUCUGCACUUGAUUAACCAUCAUGCCUGAGUCAGACAACUCCCCGCCACAAGGCGGCGUUGAAAGCUCUGACACGACCGUGCUGGCCGAGCACGGAAAGCAUCUCCAUGGUGAGCCCACCGUGGCAAACACAAACGUCGAAGUAGAGAAUGUCGCAGAUAACACUUCCGGAGCCCAGGCCCAGCACAUUGAAGACGCGAAGCGGCACGCCAGAGAGAAACUUGCCAUCAUCAUGCAGAAGCCACAAGACUACGACGAAGACGCCGAGUUACAGUCCUCCUCGACUUCGAGUGAGGAAGAAGCUGCACCAGGAACUGCUGGUCAUCAUUUUCGCCACCAUCACCACAACCGGCCGGCUCUCGCGAGUUACGAAGACCGAUACACAGUGGGAAACGGAGACUUUCUGGACAGCAGCGACGAAGACAUCGAUGCUGCUUACGACCGCGACUACCAUGAGCUCUUGGCGAAAGCGCGGGCCGAGCUCUCCGCGGCGGAGAUGGGUACUAUGGUUUUGUACUUUUUUUUUAUUUGCAGCAACUUCUCCGGGAUUUUGAUUUGCCACCUUGCUUGGAGUUCCUAAACCGGUUUUGGCGUGAACCUGAACAAUUUUCAAACUCACACCCCGCGUGGUCCCAAUUAUCAUACGCGCAAAGCACACACAGAACUCGCUGCGGAGCGGACGCAAGUUGAUGAAGAUGGCAAUCCGGUGCAAGAUCCAGCUUCUCCGUUCUCCGCUGCGGGGUCUCCCGCUACCUCACCUACAGCGAGGUCUGCUGGAGCUGCGGAUAAAUCGCAAAAGCUCACACGGGCGAAAACGAUGAAGGUGCAGGGAAAAGAGCAGCAGGGAACGAAGAAACCGAAAUUAUCCUCGUAUGAGAAGGUGAUGGAAAAGGUUGCUACGCUGAAAGACCUCGGCUCGCCCAACGGCGGAAAUCGGAAGUUCAUGAACCUACUGCGCACCGACGGCGCCGAUGCACCGCUGAGUGCGCCGGAGGCGAUGAAGAUUGCAACCAGGGUGAAGAAGCAGUUAGCUACGGAGUUUCAAGCGAACAUGGAUCUCGGCGAUGGCCAAACCAUGUCGCUGCAAGAAAAGAUCAAGAUGCAGAAUCAGAUCUGGCGGCUCAGAAAUGAGUACGACUUGAAAAGUAACUAGAGACUUGAUGUGCAGACACGAUAUUUGUUUUGCUUACUCAAGCAAUAUAUAGAAGUGACUUCUCCAAUUUUCUGUCGAAAAAAAUGUAUAUGUAGCAUAUUCUCCUAUGCAAUAGAUGUAGAGUUGCAGCUGUCUGUAAGCAUAAACUUAAACAUUUACUUACCUAUCUUCGUUGAUGUUUUUUCUUUACCCUUGCCGGUGAAGUUCUUUCGCAAAAAAUAUACGACGAGUUUACUUGUUUCGAGUCUGUAUGUGAUUUUAGCACCACUGUACAAACUUGUUGUUGGAUUGAAAUUUUUCAAGGAUGCUGUACAAUUUUUGAUUUAUGUUGGUCGAACAAGUACAAGAGGAAGCGACAAUUUGCAGCUGUCUCAAAAAAGGAUAAUCAAAGUACGGAACGCAGAAGAAAAUAAGUACUAUUGUAGCGGCGCGCGGGCGCCUUGCAAGUUGUACUAGAAGGCACGUGAACAAAAUGCGGAUAAUCUACAUGAUAUGACUCUGCCUCGUACAACAAGAUCGGUCAUAAAAACAUCCUCACAGAUCAGCAACACGAGACUCAGUCUACACCCUUUCGUGUGGUGAUCUUCACUUGUUGUGUCGUCAGCCACGAAGGUGAUGGAAGAUGCGAC